AUUUGACUGUAAGUAUCAUUUGAAGUGGUUGGGCGAGUGUAUUCGGAUGAACAAGCAGAGAGUGUGUAGUGCGUAGGGUUUAAGAUCGCGUUCUUUAGAUGAACGAGUUAUCUCAGAAGCAGACUCUUGUUGUCCAUGGGAUUGCUGGUGCUGGUUCGGUGGCUUUAGCCACCGCCUUCACUUACCCUCUUGACACCAUGAAAGUCCUCAUUCAGGUUGGUUCCAGCACCGGUAAAGAAUUGGACCAUGCCCAUGUUUUGACCAGACUACUCUCUGUAUCCGGCAAUGCAGGUUUGUUCAAUGGUUUUGGCUGGUUGUUGGUUGGAAGGAUUUUUGGUCUGGGAGCACGAUUUGGGGUUUAUGAAAUCCUGUCUGCCUUUUAUAAAGAUGGUCGGGAAAAUAAUUAUUUGUUUGCUUCUGAGGCUCUUUUGGCUGGCGUGGUAGCUGGUGCCAUUGAGGCAGUCAUAAGCUCUCCAUUCGAACUCAUCAAGCUUCGUAUGCAAGUUAGCUCUGCUUCAUAUGUUCCUAGCUCCAACUUUGCUUUGGAAAAGGGGGCUCGUACACCUUUAAUUGCAAGAUUACUUCAUGGCUGUUAUCCAGACAGGAGGGCAUUGGACCAAUAUAUUGGUCUCAUCUCCACCCUAAAAGCCAAAAAUACAAACCUGACCAGUGCGUUGCUAGAGUAUCCAUGGACAAUGACAGGAUCUGGGAGUCCACCAUCAGUUUCCAAUGUCAGGAGACCAUCUGACAUUAUAUCUUUGGAAGGAUGGAGCACAUUAUGGAGAGGUCUCCGUUCUGGAAUUGUCCGAGAUUCUGUGUUUGGUGGCGUAUUUUUUUCGACCUGGCAAUUUCUGCACCAAGCAAUGCUAGAUUGGAAGGCUGCAGGGAUGAAUCCUCCACCCAGGUUAAAUGAAGAAGUCGGUCCAUUGUCUCCUUUGACUGUUAGUCUUACUGCUGGAUUCUCAGCUUCAGUUGCUGCUGCUGCUUCCCAUAGUUUUGAUACUACAAGAAGUAGAUCGCAGUGUACUGUGCUGCCAAAGGAGUACAAAGGACAAGGAGGCCAACAUAGUCUACUUAAACUAAAGAAAAGUUAACACAUGAAUACAGAGUAACUCUUUAAAGUUUAAUAUCUACAUUCAACCAAAUAGAACAAAACCAUAUCAUGAUGAUGCUGCAAAAAAAAUUCUGUCCCUUAUUAGGUCCAAUGUCAACAUUUUUCUUUAUUAUCCAAGACCUCAGCGUGUUAUUAAAAAAAUUUCUGUUUUGCCUGAUAGGAUGAAGUGUUUUUCUAUUUCCAGAGAUGUUCCUCUAUUGUCCCAGCAAUCAACUGUAGGAUUCUGUCCUGAUAGUCAGCAAGUUUUGUGUUUCCACUUUCCAUACUUGCUGCCCAAAAGUUUAGUACUGAUAUCUAGUUAGUAAAGUCAAACUUUAAAACUAAAGAUAGUGAGGCAAAAUGCUUGAAUUAUGUACGACUACAUUAAGCAUGGUUCACUGGCAGGUUAGUUUGAGAAAUUGUAUUCAUAUUUCCACAAGUGACCCACAACUCACAUGUGGAUCAUACCAGUGUUCUUUGCUUAAACUAAAUCUUGAUGUUGUCAUGCAAAUUUUGAUUAAUAUUAAUAUCUCAAUAAAGUAAAACAAAUACAGUAAUUUCAUUUCAUGUAUUUCCUAAUUGCAACCAAUCUGAUAGCAAU